UCUACAGUUUCUGUAUAUAUUUUCGUAAUUGCAACAAAUCCCCAACCUUUACAAAUGGCGCAUGUUAUUCCAAAGAAAAUGUUCAUUGUUUUAAAUUUCCUUUCUGUCUGAUAUCACCUAAGCUGGUAAGUGGUUGCCAGAUAAUGAAUUAGAAAUUGUUAUAAGCUAAUGCGAUUGCUCUUGCAUUAGAUCAAAAAAGAAGCAUUAUAUGUGGGAUACGUUAAGAUGCUAGUGAGAAAAGCCUUCCCUACUGUGCAUGUUGGCUUUAUUUAAGGAGAAGAGCGGUCUUCCACAGUAUCCACUGCAAAUUGACCAGUCCACAUUUGUUAUGAAGUGUCAAAAUCCUGUCAUUUACUCACUCUCAUGUUGUUACAAACCUUUAGAAAUUUUUCUUCUGAUGAACACAAAAGAUAUUUUGAGGAAUGUUUGCUACCAAACCGAUCAGAGACCCCAUUGACUUCCAUAGUCGAAAAAAGAUAAUAAGGAAGUCAAUGGGCCUCUAAUCAGUUUGUAGAGUGAGUAAAUGAUGACAUAAUUUUCAAUUUUGGGUGAACUAUUCUUUUAACUUUCAAAUAAUUCCUACAUCAGAGUCUGCCCUACAUUGUUAUUAAUUAAUUUCACUUGGAAGUAUGAUACACAUAUAUUAUAAAAAGUAAAUGUUGUUGUGAAAACCACUUCUUGUUGACGUCAAGUCCUUCUCCCCAAAACAAAUGUGUGUUUUGCGGACGUCUAUUUGAUGUGUGUGUUUACAGCUGGAAGAUGUCCUUUUGGGAGUGUUUAUAUCUCAAUAUGUCUCCACAACAUUCCCUGUAGGAUGUUAGAAUGACAUUUAGCAGAUGUUCUUAGGAUGCUUAUGAUUGUAUGGACGAGGAAUCCAGCCGAGUGCCACUUUCUGUUUCAGAAUACCUCACACCUUCCUGGUCUCUCUCUCCCUCCUCGUCUCCUCUCUCUCAUUCUGAGCCCAGCGACUCAGACAGAGACUCCGAUGAUGCCAACGCAGAGCCGCGGAUUCGAGUGCCUCAACGCCACAAGAAGCGUAAAGCCUCUUCGGCCACAACAACUACGAGAAAACCACUUCCGAGCCAUCCACCCUCGUUUCCUUGCUCACUCCCAUCUUCCUCGCUGCAGCCUACUGCUGCUCCCUCCAGACCUGUGUUUAAGUGCCCAGCUCCUGUAGGAGUUCCCGCUAAUAGUGUCAGUGUGUCAGUGGGUCGUGGGCAGAGUACCGUAGCACAGAAACAGCGCUGCGUUUACUGCCGCCGCCACUUCCGAUCUCUCCCACGCCAUCUGAACAAACACCACGCGAACCAGCCAGAUGUGCGGUCUGCCCUGGACCAAGCCCAUUCCUCUGACCAACGCCCCUGUUUACAGAAUUCCCUCCCGUUAUCUUCCAGUACGAAUUUCCAAUGUCCACAAGAGGCUCAUGUGACGGGCAUUGUGGUGGGAACGCCACAGUCACCUCCGACUUCUGUGUCACCUAUCAGAAAAAGCCCAGCCCUCUCCAGCCCCUCUCGCAAAAGUCCCGCCCCACAUCCGACGACCCCACCUAGAAGAGGAGGUGUUCCGGUGUCUGUAUUAAAGAGGAGCCCACCCACUCCUGCUACUCCCCCCAAGAAAGGAGGACGAAAAAUCAAAAAAGAGAAAGAGGAUGUCAACGUUUGUGAGAAGAUGAAGGAAGAUAAAGUGAAUUCAGCGUUUGUGGUGCAGGAGAAGAAGUCGGAGCCAAAAUAUGAAAAAGAAGAGAGAGAAGAAAAUGGAGAUAAAGAUGAUGAAAGCGGAGCGGAGGAUAAAAAUGACUUAUUAAGUUUGCGUCGUCCCCACAUGCUCCCGCUUCUCUCCUCCCUCUCCUCUUUGGUGUUAUACCUCAGACGGCUGCAACACUCCGCCUUCAUCUCGCUUUCUCGCUCGCCGCAGUCGGCCGAGGCGUGGCGACUCCUCUGUCACUCCAGCCUGGCUCUUCUCAUCCUCUUCAACCGCCGGCGUGAAUGCGAAGUCUCCAAACUCACCAUCACCGAGUACCAGGCCCGCGUCACACCCCAGUGCCCUGUCUCAGUGUCGCCAGGUGCGCCGCAAACCCUCACCCCACUCGAAGCCGCGCUCUCACCCUUUGAGCGGAUGGUCCUCCCCCAUCUUCCCCGUGCUGGGGUCCAGGGGAAGCGCGGCCGCGUGCAGCCGCUCAUCCUUCCGCCCCACUCGGAAGCCUGCCUGGAGAUGCUUUUGCAGACACGUGCCGGCAUCGGCAUUGAUCCCCAGAACCCGUACGUCUUUGCUCGACCGUAUCAUUCUCCAGCCACUCCUCUGCGGGGGACAGACUUACUACGCAGUCUGGCCCGGGCCAGCGGUAGUCGGCACCCGCGGGCUCUGACACAGACCCGCGUUCGCAGGCAGGUGGCGAUACUUACGCAGCUGCUGUUGUUAAGUGAAGUUGAGGAGGAGGGGCAACGCGGAGCUGCCACACAGAGAUUGGAAAGCUUCUUGCAGAGAGAGUAUCAUGUGACGCAGAGCUGUGCCACCAUCGGCCAGGACCCUGGGCUGAUGGGUCUGAUCGGACGGGUCGUGCUAUGCGGAGAGAGAGAUGGUGUCUUGUUUCGGGGAAUGAGUUUGCAUCACAUCUGUUUGGAGUUGGAUGUUUUGUCGGGAAACUCUGCAGACUCUCUGUCAGAGGAGUCCGAUGCUGAGCAGAGUAAAGUGAAACCAGAAACAACUUCUCCGUCCGCCACUAUCAUGAUGAAGAAAACCACAAGCAACAGCAAAUCUCCCCGACCGAAAAAGAUGAGCGGCAACUCUUCGGUCUCUGUGGGACGCAAGAGGACAUCAGGACAGCCCAAACCUGGUAAACGUGGCGUGCUAAAGCGGCCUUGGUCCGAGGCAGAGCGAGCAGCUGUGGAGUCCCACCUGGUGCGUAACAUUAUGGAGCUGCGCGUGCCCGCCAAAGCAGACUGCGAACGCUGUCUGGAGCUCUGCCCCCUGCUGGUCACUAACCACCGGGAUUGGAGGGCUGUUAAAUUCUACUGCCACAAUCGUAUCCAACUGCUCAAGAAAACCCAACAGAGGCAGGGUCCGUCUUCCCUGCCCGUAUGCUGAGGCGGUCAGCUUGCAGGCUCCUGGGGACGUCAGUGAAAAUAGUUAAACGGUACGGUUACGGUAACCACCGAAUAAGGAAGGCUUUAAUUAAUGUGACAUCGUUUGUGAUUUGUGUUUAGUGUGUAAAACAUGAAAACAAUACCUUUGGUACAAGGACACUCUGGGAAGGACAUGUAAACUUGUUUUGUGUACCUACCUAUCCAGUAUGUCACAACUUUGACGAAAAACACUACUUGUUGUCCGCACAAUCAAUGUGAGCUUUAUUACUGACGGUUUGAAAGUAGAUGGACAUAUUGUGACCAGCUGAGAGUCUGAAUUGCAUCUCCAGUUUUAUCAAGACACAGAAAGAGGCAAACUGGACACUUUGUGCCUUGAAGGCAGAAAAAAAUCAAUCUUAUUUACACCAUCUAAAGAUAGUUAUGUUAUGAAGGACAUGAAGUAAUUGGAAAUAAUAUAACAAUCUCUUAUCAAAGUGUAUUUGUUUAUUUAUCUUUGCUUAGUGAGAUUACUCUCAUUUUUCAAUGAGGUGCCAUUACUACGUUUCAUUGCAGAUGUUAUUAACUGAUUGAACAACAAUGGUUAAUUUUUACACUAGUAAUGGUGUAACAUCUUUUAACCAUCCAGCACUGAACAAUGGACACCUGUUACUCUAAACCCGAUAUGGAUGUUUGAGUUACGGUUAUUUGCUUUGUAUUAAUCUGUCAAAGCAGCAAUAGGCUUUUUACCCAGCUGCACUACUUCCUGAACUUCAGCCAGCUCCUUGUUUCCUGUCUGCCAUUAUUGGACAAACUGAUUAAUCCUGGUGUGCCUGACCUCAGUUGUCACAAACAAACUGAUUAAUCCAGGUGUCCCUGGCCUCAGAAGUCACAACAACAAUAAUCAGACACACCUGGAUUAAUCAGUUUGUCCAAUAAUGGCAGACAGGAAACAAGGAGCUGGCUGAAGUUCAGGAAGUAGUGCAGCUGGGCAUAAAACCUAUUUAAGCCAAACGUUAAAAAACACACGAUAACCACACGUAACACCUCUGUUUAUACUUUAUUUAAUGAUGUAUUCUUUUUUUUGUUUAGUUAUCCGUGCGUUUAAAAUGUACACACACAGACAUUUUGUAUUUAUAUCGUUAUUGCUAUGAAAACGUACUGUGAUGGGUGUUUUUCAUUUUCAUGUACAUACUAAUUGUAAAUAUUUGCAGAAAAAAAUACCACAGAGCACGAUGUAAAUACAUUGUCGGUACGACAUGCUUGUUUUUGUGUUUUUUUUUAAUCAUUCUAUAUUUGGUAUUCCUUAUGCCUCUCAUAUAAUGUGUUUACCUAUCAAAUAUCAUGUGAACAAGAGCAUCAACAUGCAUAAUCAUUUCAUCAGUUUGCUCUUUCAGUGCUAAAAUAUGGACCACAGAUCUGUUUUAAGUGUUCAUGAAGUUUAUCACAUUUCAUUUGGAUCGUGUUUAUUGUUUUGAAAUAUACAACUGUGUAUUAUUCAGGGUUUCAUUACACUCUGCACUCGGCGAGUGGUGCGCAAGUAUUUUUGCAUUAAAUGUUGUAAAUCUA